AGACUGGAGAAGGCGCUCUUUCAUAAAACUCAGGCGACGAGAGCCGAUUGGAGUCUGUUUUUUCCUCCUUGAAAUCCCACUGCGAUCCAUUGCUUCAUUCCGACAUGGCUCCCGUCGUUCCGAGGUCUGGUGACGCAGUCUUCGCUAACGUUGAGCGUGUUAACGCGGAACUGUUCACUCUUACGUACGGGGCGAUCGUUCGGCAGCUUCUCACGGAUCUGGAGGAGGUGGAAGAGGUUAACAAGCAGCUCGACCAAAUGGGCUAUAAUAUUGGAGUCCGUUUGAUUGAUGAGUUUCUAGCCAAGUCCAAUAUUUCCAGAUGUGUAGAUUUCAAGGAAACCGCGGAAGUGAUUGCAAAGGUCGGUUUCAAAAUGUUCUUGGGUGUUACUGCAACAGUAACCAAUUGGGACGUUGAGGGCACUACUUGCAGCCUCGUUUUGGAGGAUAACCCACUCGUUGAAUUUGUUGAGCUUCCAGACACUUGCCAAGGCCUUUAUUACUGCAAUAUCUUAAGCGGAGUUGUUAGAGGUGCCUUAGAGAUGGUGUCCAUGAAAACCGAGGUCAGUUGGGUACGAGAUAUGCUACAUGGUGAUGAUGCAUAUGAGCUACGCGUCAAACUUAUAAAACAAGUUCCAGAGGAAUACCCAUACAAAGAUGACGAGUAAAACAAAUCUGGUAAGUGUUGAACUUUUUUUUUUUUCUGUAAUCGUUAUGUUUGAAGUUAUAUAUGGAAUAUGAAUUAAGAACUCAGAUUUUCACUAUUUGGGUACUUCAUAUUCAUCAUAUUGUAUUUAUUCAA